AUUUUCGCGGGAAGCAGGCGGCGAGUCGGACCCAGACGCAGCGGAGAGUGGACUGCAGUUGACUUGACCUGUCUCGAGUCCGGUAAUGAAUUUCCAUUUGCUUGUUUUUCUACGGGCGCAGCGCCAAGACAGGACUCGACACGACUCGCGCGUCUGUCAUGCCUGGGGUGCUGUCAUAACUUAGAAACACACAACUUAGAAACACAUAACUUAGAAACACACAACUUAGAAUCACAUAACUUAGAAUUUUCUAAGUUAUGACGGUUCUAAGUUAUGACGGUUCUAAGUUAUGACUUUCUACGUUAUGACGUUUCUAAGUUAUGUGGUUCUGCGUUGCGUGUUUCUAAGUUACGUGUUUCUUUAGUUAUGGCAGUUCUAAGCUGUGUGUUUUUAAGUUGUGAUAGUUCUAAGUUGUGACUUUCUACGUUAUGACGUUUCUAAGUUGUGUGGUUCUGCGUUGCGUGUUUCUAAGUUACGUGUUUCUAAGUUACGUGUUUCUUAAGAUAUGGCAGUUCUAAGCUGUGUGUUUUUAAGUUGUGAUAGUUCUAAGUUGUGACUUUCUACGUUAUGACGUUUCUAAGUUGUGUGGUUCUGCGUUGCGUGUUUCUAAGUUACGUGUUUCUUAAGAUAUGGCAGUUCUAAGCUGUGUGUUUUUAAGUUGUGAUAGUUCUAAGUUGUGACUUUCUACGUUAUGACGUUUCUAAGUUGUGUGGUUCUGCGUUGCGUGUUUCUAAGUUACGUGUUUCUAAGUUACGUGUUUCUAAGUUACGUGUUUCUUAAGAUAUGGCAGUUCUAAGCUGUGUGUUUUUAAGUUGUGAUAGUUCUAAGUUGUGACUUUCUACGUUAUGACGUUUCUAAGUUGUGUGGUUCUGCGUUGCGUGUUUCUAUGUUACGUGUUUCUAAGUUAUGACCGUUCUAAGUUGUGUGUUUCUAAGUUGUGAUAGUUCUAAGUUAUGACGUUUCUAAGUUGUGAGUUUCUAAGUUACAUGGAUUUUUCCAAGUUUUCUAAGUUAUAACAGUUCUAAGUUGUGACUUUCUAAGUUAUGUGGUGUUCCCGUCAUGCCUCAUACCUCAUCGCAGUUUGCCCCCCUACCUCUGAAUGAAGUGCGCCAUCUUGUUUCCUGUUCACUCAGCUCUGGUGGCUGUAGCGCAUAGCCACCGCAGUGCAGACAAGUCCGGUCCAGUCGGGGAUGGAGGGGUAUUCCUGCUACAGGAAAAAAGCAGAAGUGUGCUGGCGGCGCUGCUGGGGGCGGCGGCGGGCCUGUCGCAGCCGCGGGGGCGGUACGCGCCGCCGCCGGCAGCCAUCACCGAGGAGGACCCGCCGCUCCCUGCGCCGCCCCUGCCGCCGGUCAGCCCCCUGCUCGCGCUGCUGCUGUCGGCCCAGGCGGGGCCCGGUCACGUGACGCCCGCCGGCCCCGCGGCCUGCUCCCCGGCGCUGCUGCAGCAGCUGCUGCUGGCGCAGUGCGGCAGGUACCUGCCCUACGGCCUGGGCAGCUACGGCUUCUACGGCGGCGGGGCGGCAGGCCUGCCCUCGCGAGUGCUGGGUGGUGUUCUACGAUCGCUCUUGGCAGCAGACACAGGAGGCGUGUCGGUAGCGGAGGCCGAAUAAGUUGCGGUUCGCCAAGCUGAGCAUCGCUGUUGCGGUGGUCAGCGGCCCGUCAACUUCCAGCGCUGAUGAUAAGGUAGGCCACGCGAAGGUCGCCCUCGAUGCCUUGACCACCCAUUACGACCUUCUUCUCAUUCC